CUGGCGCGGCACCAGGCCGCCUUCGAGCGGCGCUUCGAGGACACCUUCGGGCUGGAACGCAAAGGCUUCCCCCUCUCGCAGCGCCGCUUCGCGCAGGCGGCGCUCAGCAACAUGCUGGGCGGGAUGGGCUACUUCCACGGGCGCUCCCUGGUGCGAUCCCCGCUGCACGAGCAGCCCGUGCCCUACCUCGAGAGCUCGCUCUUCACCGCCGUGCCCUCCCGCUCCUUCUUCCCCCGCGGCUUCCUGUGGGACGAAGGCUUCCACCAGCUGCUGCUGGCGCGCUGGGACCCCGAGCUGAGCCGCGAGGUGCUGGCGCAUUGGCUGGACCUGAUGAACGCCGAGGGCUGGAUCCCGCGGGAGCAGAUCCUGGGGGACGAGGCGCGUGCCAAGGUGCCCCCCGAGUUCGUGGUGCAGCACAGCGAGGCCGCCAACCCGCCCACGCUCUUCCUGGCGCUGCGGCCGCUGCUGGGCUCCGCCCCGUUGCCGUACCUGCGGCGCCUCUUC